GGAGACGAGCGGUGCCGGUGCCGCUACCCGGAGCCGCGCCGGUGCCGCUACCCGGAGCCGCGCCGGUGCCGGUCCGGGUCCCCUAUGAGCCGGUGAGGCGGCAGCGGGGCGGGAGGGAUGGCGGCGGGCGGCGGCGGGGGGCGACCGCCGGGCCCCGACCCCGCGCUGGAGCCCUACGUGCAGACCCGCAUCUUCAAAAUCAUCGUGAUCGGAGACUCCAACGUGGGCAAGACGUGCCUGACCUUCCGCUUCUGCGGGGGCACCUUCCCCGGCAAGACCGAGGCCACCAUCGGCGUGGAUUUCCGCGAGAAGACGGUGGAGAUCGAGGGGGAGCGCAUCAAGGUGCAGGUGUGGGACACGGCUGGGCAGGAGAGGUUCCGCAAGAGCAUGGUGGAGCACUACUACCGCAACGUGCACGCCGUGGUCUUCGUCUACGACGUGACCAAGAUGAGCUCCUUCACCAACCUCAAGACGUGGAUCGAGGAGUGCAACGGGCACGCCGUGCCCCCGCUCGUCCCCAGGGUGCUCGUGGGGAACAAGUGUGACUUGAAAGACCUGAUCCAGGUGCCAUCCAGCCUGGCCCUCAAGUUCGCCGACGCUCACAACAUGCUUUUGUUUGAGACCUCGGCCAAGGACCCGCAGGAGAGCCAGAACGUGGACGCGAUUUUCAUGUGCCUGGUGUGCCGGCUGAAGGCGCAGCGCUCGCUGCCCUGCCGGGACACGGAGGGCUGGCCGGCACAGCCGCAGCCCCGGCGGCUGGACGAGGCCAGCGGGAAAGGCUCCUGCCCGUGCUGAGCGGGACCGCCCGGACCCCAAUAAAAGCUCUGAGCCCCC